AUGCCCGAAGAUCGGCAAGAAUAUGAUGCAGUUAUCGUAGGAGCCGGCAUCGCUGGUCUGAACUGCGCCAAACACCUCAGAGCCGCUGGCUUAUCGACGAUAGUCCUCGAGGCUAGCUUCCAUAUUGGCGGUCGAUGCAGAACCUUGCAUGAGAGCGACAUGAAAGCCCCGAAUUCCCAUGGUUGGUGGAUGUACACCGAAGGGAGUAUCGGCCGAGGCGAUGCUGCCCACUUCGAUGUUGGUGCUGAGUUCAUUCACGGCGACGGUACGAGUGUUUACAAAAUGGCUAAGGGAAAGGGAUGGAAUUUGCAUAAGCUGUUCACGUGGGCACAGGGUGAUGGUGGUCCUAAUGACGAGAUGGUCAACGGCGGCGCUGGUUACUACUACGUAGAUGGAAAUCUGUAUCGUUUCGAUGAGUUACCCCCGGACUUUCGGGAAACCCACGAGAUUCUGUCCGGCAUGGCAAAGGAAUACCCAGUGGCUGGCAAGGAGGAUAUGGAGACGAUUUUGAGAUCGAGAGGAGUCUCAGAUCGGUCUGAAAGACUGGUCCAGGCUGGUUACGGCAACACUGCCGGCGGGGCAUUUAGAGUACUCAGUUGGCGGGCGAACUGUGAAGCGGAGCAUUUUUAUGAGCGCGAUGAUGGCGAACACGACUUCCAAAUAGAGCAAGGAUUUGGUGAUGCUGUUGUUGGAGAGCUCGAGAAGGACGCUGGGGAGGUAAGGGUCCUUCACAGAGUUGCUAGCAUCGAAAUGGGCAGCGACGGUAUGGCAUUAGUUCGGUGCUCCAACGGUCGGAUGGUCAGAACACGACAUGUUGUUAUUUGUGUACCUGUACCAGUGCUUCAGGGCAGCUACGGACCGGCUGAGAGCAUACGCUUGAGCCCACCCUUACCCGAGUGGAAGAGGAACGCCAUACAGGAUAUGACGUGCUCAACAUCCCUAAAAGUGUAUGUGAAAUUCAGUACGAGGUUUUGGCCGCCUGAUAUGCACGGAAUUAUUUUCGCACUUCCUAAUCUUAUACCGGAGGCAUGGACUGAUCACUGCGUUAGCAGCAAUAACGUCCUUUGUGGAUUCACGAUGGCAUCUUGGGCGGAGCGAUGCGGGUCUAUGCCGCCGGCUAAGUUGAUACGGGCUUUCCUGGAACAGCUGGAUAGAGUGUUCGAGGGGAAGGCUAGUGAGGCUUAUGUGGGAGGCAUGGUUUUCGACUGGGGAAAAGUUCCUUAUAUACGAGCUGGUUACUGUCCACCCUCGGUAACUGAACAAGUGGACACGAGGAAAAAGCUAGCAGAGGCUAUCAUAUACGAUACAGGUUGUAGUAUUCAUUUCGCUGGGGAGGCUGCGAACCCGGAGUGCUAUAUGACGGCGCAUGGUGCUAUGGAUUCGGGCGCACGAGCAGCUGAGGAGGUGGUGAAGUUGUUAAAUGGAAGCACUCAAGCUGCAUCGAAAGCGUUGUCUAGAAGAAUUGCCGCGUUGACGCUCGGACCCCGACUUUGCCGAAGGGGUAUGGUGACAGCUAGUGUGUCACCAGUUGCUGACUUUGUGAAUGCACUAGAAAGGGAAAACGGGAGGGGACCGCAGUGGUAUGAUUCGGAGUUUGUGAAACUUCAUGAAAGUGUGGUGGAGUACCUGCCUAGUGCUAGUCUUGAGGGAGAGCUCUUGCCGUUGAUGAAAGCAGUUUCGAGGGUGCACGGGUUCGGCCUUGCAGAAAUGGUGGUCGCUAUUGAGAAUCGUCUCAUCUCUCUAUUGGAGACUUCGUCGAUGGACAGGGCCACUUUCGUACGUCUACUGUUGCUGCUCGCCUCGUCGAGUGACGCCCCAGGGGUGAUGACUGCCAAACUGCGUUGCUCGCAAUUGUCGCUAUCCUCGUUGCAGUUGGCCACUACAGUGCAGGAGGUUACUGAUGAAAGGGUUGAGGAUCUGAUGAAGGCUCUUGAUAUUAGAAUGCUUGUUCAUGCGGAGUUAGCCGCUGCUAAUCUGGGGGCGGGCAGGGGCGCUGGGUUCACCACCCUACUGCUCCUCAUUCAAGCGACGACUCGGUCCUCGCACUUGGCAUUGACGGCUCAGCUGAUAUCGAAUCUAGAGACAGUACUUGCUAAGGAGGGCGAUGAAGGAGUACAGGAGGACGAGCCCGGCCAUAUGCUCACGGCGCUGUGGUCGCUAGUUGCCCUUGGGCAUGGACAGAACGUGGAUACGGAAGGCCGGCUGCCAGAGCCACUGAGUUCAUUGUUGUUGAGGGCGACUAAGUGGCAGUGUCUCGAUGAUCCUAAAAUGGAACGUCAACUACAGCAGAUAUCUCUAAACUUUGUACUGGAGCAUGGGGAGAAGCCGGAGGUUGCCUCGCAGAUACCACCGAUGCCCUACUGCAUCGCUCGGAGUGGGAUGAAGAAUAAUGAUUGGCAGAAUUUAUGGUCUUCCUUCGUUCUUGUUGAUGAUGCUGUCGCUGAGGAGUCCUCUGGAGCUUUUGGAGAGCUGGUGAGCUCUAUUGAGGGGGAAGUGGAGGAUAUAUUGGAUACUCUGCCAGAAACGGACAUCACUUUCUCACCGAGCUGGAAGAGCGAGCUGGUGUCAAGAUUCUAUAGAAAGGAUCGUCUCUUGGGAGAUAGAUUUGGUGAUGUCUUUGUGCACGUCGACUGCGGUCCGGCAUGGCUGGAGGAGCCUCUGGAUCCCUACGCUCAGCUGUUACAUCGCCAUGUCCGAUUGGCAGGAAUGCACGGCGAACGUCUGCGAGUGUCCGACUGGGUUGAUAUGAAUGAUGAGGAGAAGAGGCAGAUGGUGACGGAAUGGCUGGAGGUGGAUGUUGUGUCGGAGGAUGUGUUUCAGGCCUAA